UUGUAAUAUAUGACGUACUUACGUUACUAAUACAAUGCAAAGUAAAAUGUAAAUGUAUACUAGAUUAGAUUCAUGAUCCAUAUUUUAAAUGUACAGUCUAUAUCAACAGUUACACAAUAUAAUAAUUAAUAAUAUAUUUAUUUCAUUCUCAAUAACUUAUAUACAAAUUGAUUAUUAGUUUUAUGAAAGCUGGUCGAAGAAUAUCAAAAUGAUUUUUUUAAAAUUGUACCUGUUAAUUGGCUUCUUAACCGUAUCUAAUGCACAAACAAAAUUUAUGCCCAACUUGCCUUUGGGAGAAUAUCGAAUAAUAGUAACAGCAAUGUAUCAAUGUGGAGAAACAAAAGAUCUACCGUUCAAGGUAAAUUUAUAUUUGAGUAAAAAGUCAUCUAAUAUAACCGAAAUUAGAGGGAAUUUAACAUUGGAGAUACCAUUUGACGAUUCUUUAGUAUUGGAUGUCAACUUUUCUUCUUGGAGUUUAACUGGUGGUUGGAAACCAAAUUCUCUUAUUUAUGUCACUAAUAAUGCCUGUUCUAAAAUGAAAAGUAUUCUUGGAAAUGCAUGGAUUGCGUUUACAAAGGUUUUCAAUGCAUCAACAGCAAACUGCCCGAUACCAAAGGGUAUAUAUAAAUCAUCGGGAUACGACACAACACUUUUUAAUGACAACAAUUUUCCUAAAGUAUAUUUUUAUGGAAAAUAUAAAUAUGUAGGUAAAGUAAAAAACAAAAAUAAUAAGCUACUUGGUUGUAUAGCUGCUGAGUUAAGCUUUGUACGGCCAUGGGAAUCAAUUUAAUGAAUGAAUCUUGCGUAUAAUUAAAUACAUGUGGUGUAAGGAAAUAUUGUAAUUGAAUACAUUUAAAAUGAAAUCAGUGUACAUACUAUAAAAUAUAAUAAAAUGCAGUUUUUUAUUUUA